GUUAUCCAGGGAGAAAUUAUCAGAAGUCACCAUCUGUACCAAAGCACAACCACAGCCUCUGCUCCCUAAUUGAACUACCCCCACCACCACCAAUGUCUCAGUUCUCUCUCCAAGGCCGUGUGGCCAUUGUCACCGGUGGUGCUGGAGGUUGCGGAUUUGCCUUCACCGAAGGACUUACUGAAGCCGGGGCGGAUGCCGCAAUUUUUGACAUGACACAUCCUCCAUCCUCAGAUAUUGAGGCGCUUGCAUCAAAGUACGGUGUCCAGGUGAAGUCUUACAUCGUCGACGUGACGUCCAUGUCAAGUCUUGAAACCGGAUUUUCCGCCGUCAGGAGUGACUUUAACGGCAAACUCGACAUUCUGGUUGCAUGCGCGGGCGUGAACAAGAACGUCGAAUUUCUAGACACAAACGAAGAAGACUUUGAGAGAUUAUUCGGAGUCAACUGCAAGGGUGUUUACUUCUCCGCCAAGUUCGCGGCCGAGGCCAUGAUCGCCAACGGAACCAAGUGCGGCAGCAUUAUCCUCGUAGCCAGCAUUGCGUCUCACAUUGCAAUCCGGUCGCAGCGAUCCUCAGCUUACUGCGGAACCAAGGGCGCGGUUCGUGCCAUGGUUGCGCCCAUCGCGGCGGAGCUGAAUGCACAUGGCAUCCGCGUCAACUCGAUUAGCCCCGGCUACGUCAAGACAAACAUGACGGCUGCUUUCCCUCAUCUUCUUGAAGGGUGGAAGGACGAGAUCAUGAACCAUCGCGUUGCCGAGCCUAAUGACAUCAAGGGAGCUUGCGUCUUUUUGGCUAGUGAUGCUAGCAAAUAUUGUACAGGAAGUGAUAUUUUGGUUGACGGAGGUGUUACAAAAUGGUAG